AUGAACUUCAACCAAGACAACGCAACGAGGCCGUCGUCGUUGCUCCAGCAACAGAGUACCUUGUCGGCUUACGCCAAAAUUCUCGACGACAGCCCCGGAGACUCCCCAAAACGUCAGUGGAGUAUCCGCCAAGCCAACAGUCGUCUUCAUUCCCAUGGGCUCGAAUCAGCUCUGAGGAGCGAUCUUGACUUGCAGAUGCAAGAGAAAAAUCACCCGAUCCCAUUGCAUGAUCUGCAUCGUUCAUCGUCCCACCGUCACUCCAACAACCCGUACCUGAGCCAACCGGAUUUGGAACCUCCCAAUCGCACCCCCACUUAUCGCCGACUUCAUCACAAAACCUACGGUUACCAAGAUCCCUUUGCCGUGGCGCCUAUGGAAGCGUGGCAGGAGAUCAAGGACUACAAUCUGCGGGUGAACGGAUUACCGACCCUGGAUCAGAUGAUACGUCUCAACACCUUGAGUCCUUUGACUCAGUCGAAUUUUGCCACGUUCCUGAGACAUCGAGGAGCGCAACAAAAUCUCAAUUUCUUAAUGGAAGUCGAAACCCACGAAAAACUGUGGCAAGCCUUUCAAAAUGCACUGCAACGUCGACAAACCACGUCCGGCAGCGAACGACUGUCCCAGUUUCUGGCCAGUGUGGAAAAAACCGAGGAAUUACCGCGCAGUCCUACGCAACAUACCAUGUACUUUGAGACUCCCGACACGGACAGCUUAAUGAUGCAGCCACCACUGACGCCUCGUCACAUGGAACUCACUUACGCUUCACGUACCCCGGGAAAAUCGCUCAGUCGGCAUGAUCUCGUCCAGAAUGCUACGCGCAUCUAUCGGACUUUUUGCAGUGCUCUCGACGCCGCGCAGCCCAUCCAUCUACCCAACGAUCACCGAGCCGCGCUCGACGAUCUGAUCGAAAAGCAUCAACGCCCGGAACCCAUCGUCUUCGAUUCGGCUCGAUCCCAUGUCUUUGAAAUCCUCAACGUUUUUUAUUAUCCUCAAUUUGUGGAUCGCAUUCUUUACACCAACAUUGUCUCCACGACGGCCAAGCUGUUGAUGAUCAUUGCCUUGCUCAUGCUGGUGCUGGGCUUUGCUCUUGAACUAGGCUUGAUUUUCACCGCCUCAGGUACCAUGGCGACGCGAUGGUGGGGAUUACUGCCUUUUCUGAUUGGCUGGUCCACGUUGAUAACGAGUAUUACCGAAUUUGCAUGGUGGCUCGCUUUCACGACGAAAAGCGAAGUGAGUUUUCUUAUUUUCGUUCAGGUCCAGGACAAGACUGUUCAGCGAAUUCACAAGAGACGAGGGAUUCUGUGGUUGCUUGCAGGUCUGUUUAUCGCUUUUGUCACCACCCUCAUUUUCGUCUUUAUCCCCUCACACCGUUUGCACGCCCCAUAA